AUGUCUGCAUCAAUUCAGAUUCCAAAAGAUGUAUUUGUCAGGCUUAGGCCAGCUUCUGAAGAUGCUCCUCUUCAAGGUAUUUUGUUUGGUCAACGUGAAGAAUGUUUAGAUCGUGGUUUGGUAAUUCAUGUAAAAGGUUUUUUUCUUUACGAAUCCUGUUCACAAGAUUUAAUUAGCACAAUUGCAAAAUUAAUGAAUUGGAAAGGUCAAACAGUUUUAGGAUGGUUUGCUGCACCAGAAAACGAUAUAAUUAAUCAAUGUGAACCAACACAAAUUGCAUCUGCUUAUUUUCGUACUUUUCAAUCCGCCAUGUUAAAAGUAAUAGUAGCAAAUUACCUUAAACAACAUUCAGAAUACGACGUAAGAGAGAUCACACCGUUAAUUGCACGAGAAUCAUGUGCAUUAUUUCAAGAUCUUAUAGGAUUAUUAAUAAGAAAAAUUGAUAAACCGAUUAAUCCAAUUUUGUCACCAUUAGCAGACAUUGAUACAACAACAGCACAAGCAUUUUUUUCAGCUCCAAGUUUGAACGAAGUGCUGAACCUGCUUUGUGAUGUUAAAGGCGAUGUCGUAGAAACACAUAUAUUACAAGAAUUAGCAGAUGUCCUUCCUAGAAUUAAUGGUUUAGGUUCUAAUUUUACACAUAACAACUCUAUAACGGAUGAUAUGGAUGAUGAGUGUGAUGAUGUUAGAGAAUUAUUUUCAAUUUGGGGUAAUGGUUCGGGCACAGUCAAUAAAAAGAUAAGAACAAGGAGGGCAAGUACAACGGAUAUUGCUGAAGGUUUAUCAAGAAGUGCUUCAUUCGUUGCAGAUGAUCUUAUGGACGAUUCAAAUAAGAAAAAAAAAGGUUUAGAUAAUGAAAAUAUCGUAGAUAAAAAUAUAACAAAAAAUAUAAAUACAACAAAUGACAACAUAGCCACUAAUAUAAUACCAGCACCAUUUAUAAUUGUACCUGGACAAGCUUCAGAAUAUAUGCAUCAAGCACAUAAUGAUGAUAGUAUUCAUCACUCAACAGAAUAUGAUGAAUCCAUAUUAUCAUCUUUGACAACUUCACAUUUCUCUCCAACCAACAGCACUCAAUCAAAUUCAUCACAGAAUGAAUAUGUUAUGACAUAUGCUCAACAACGUAUUAAUAUAACAUACAAUGCAAUUGCUCAGCAUAUUACUUCACAUACUCAAGAAAAAAUAACUUUAUACGAAAAAUCUUGUAGAGAAUAUGAGAUGUUGUUAGAAAUACUUGAAACAUUAAAUAGUGUAGGGGAUAAACAUUCAUUAUCUAAAAAGUUAGAGAAUUCGAUUGAAGAUAUUGGUGAUUGUGAUAAUGAAGAAAAUGCUGAAGAUGUAAUUGGUGAAGGCGUAGAAGUUGAUAAAAAAGAAGAUAAAGUAAUGGCCGUAGAUAAUAAUAAUCUAAAUCCUUUCAAAUCUAAAAAGUCUGAAGCUGAAAGUUCAGAUAGUGAGCUUAUAAAAAAAAAAGAUGUUAAGAAGAAAAAGAAAAAAACCCCCGACAACAACAAUUGUUCCGAUAAAGAAAUCAUUAAAAAGUCUCCAAAGAAAUGGCAUAAAAAAGUAAUUAAAACUAAAGAUGUAGAAAUUGAAGAAAAUAGUAAUGGCAAUGACAAAGAUAAAAAAAGAAAAUAUGAUGAAAUGAUAUUUAAAGAGCCAAAUUGUAAUAAUAAAGGGAGGAGUAGUAGUCCUGGAUGGGCAUGGGACGAAGAAGAUUUUGCAAAUUAA